AUGUGCGGAGGAAACGUGAUUGUGGAGAGGGGGUGGGCGAUAGCGGUGCAUGGCGGCGCUGGCGUUGAUCCGGAACUGCCGCCGGAGAGGCAGGAGCAAGCGAAGCAGGUUCUCCGGCGGUGCCUGCAGCUGGGUAGCUCCGCCCUCCGCGCCGGCGGCGCCGCCAUCGACGUGGUGGAGCUCGUGGUGAGAGAGCUGGAGACGGACCCCACGUUCAACUCCGGGAGGGGGUCGGCGUUGACCAGCAAGGGGACGGUGGAGAUGGAGGCGAGCAUCAUGGACGGCCCGCGGCGGCGCUGCGGCGCCGUUUCCGGGUUGACCACGGUGAAGAACCCCAUCUCCCUCGCCAGGCUGGUCAUGGACCGCUCUCCUCACUCCUACCUCGCCUUCGACGGCGCCGAAGAGUUUGCUCGCGAGCAGGUAACCGAAACCCCCCCGGAGAGAGAGAAAGAGAGAGCAGGACUACGAGAUUCUAUUAAGUUAUUAAGUAGAGAGAGUGAGAGACGGAAUCUGAGAUUCUAGGAAGUUUGGGAAACAUGAAAACGAAAUCUGCAGCCAGGUUUGACUCUUGUCUGGGAAGGAGCAUGUGGGUCGUCGGCCUUCCUGUCGGCACCAAGAUUCCGACAACGAUUUUCACCAAUAUCUUCUCUAUUACGUCAUAUUUACAUAGGGAAGAGAGAGAGGAGAGGGGGGGGGGUAUCUAGGGUAGCCAGGUGAUGUGGAGUCGCUCGUGACGUAGGUGGGGGGAGAGAGAGAGAGAGAGAAAGAGAGGAAGAUGUUAAGAUUUAUUUACUGAUGUGAAGUGCUUGCUGGGCAGGGAGUGGAGGUCGUGGAGAACGACUAUUUCAUCACCGAGGAGAACGUCGGCAUGCUGAAGCUGGCCAAGGAAGCCAACACCAUCCUGGUACUCACUCUCUCUCUCUCUGGUCGACUAGUUUCAAGCGUAAUACCGUGGCUGAUCACUGGUUGUGUGCAUCAAUCAGUUCGACUACAGGGUCCCGCUGGCGGAGACCUGCAGCAAGGCCGCAGCGGCGGCGGCGGCGGAGGACGGCGGCGGCCUGCAGAUGAUGAACGGGCUGCCGCUGAGCGUCUACGCCCAGGAGACGGUGGGCUGCGUCGUGGUGGAUAGCCAGGGCCGCUGCGCCGCCGCCACCUCCACCGGCGGCCUCAUGAAUAAGAAAUCCGGCAGAAUCGGCGACUCGCCGAUAAUCGGCGCCGGCACCUACGCUUGCGGUGCCUGCGCCGUCUCCUGCACCGGGGAGGGGGAGGCCAUCCUGCGCGGAACCCUAGCGAGGGACGUGGCGGCGCUGAUGGAGUACAAGGGUCUGUCACUGCAGGAGGCGGUGGACUUCGUGAUCAAGGAAAGGCUCGACGAAGGCAUGGCCGGCCUCAUCGCCGUUUCCGGCACAGGCGACGUCGCCUACGGAUUCAACUGCACCGGCAUGUUCAGGGGCUGCGCCUCCUCCGACGGCUUCCUCGAUGUGGGCAUCUGGAAUUGA